CACCCUAAAUUCCAUCUCUCUCCUUGGGAAACCUCCGACUCCCAAAACCAAGUGUUCUCUUUUCCAAUAUUUUGCAAUGCCCCCAAUUUUCUCCCCUUUGCUUUCCAAGCAGUUUCCCCCAAAUUCUGAAAUCAAAGGGUUUCUGAAUUUCUGAUAAUCACACUCUCAUACAUAUAUAAUAGCAGACCCAUCUUACUCAUCUCUCACCAAUCACACAACCAAAGACCCUUUUCUCUCAGUUCCCCUGUGACUCACUCUCUUCCUUCACUGCUAAACUCUUCCAAUGGCAACAAAAAAAGUCAAAGCCAUAGGCAUUGACUUGGGCACGACCUACAGCUGCGUUGCAGUGUGGCAACACAACCGCGUCGAGGUCAUUUCCAACGACCAAGGCAAUCGCACCACCCCUUCCUACGUUGCCUUCUCCGACACCCAAAGGUUGUUGGGUGACUCCGCCAUGAACCAGCGAUCCAUGAAUCCGAAAAACACCGUCUUUGACGCCAAACGUUUGAUUGGUCGCCGAUUCUCCGACCAAACCGUUCAGCAAGACAUGAAGAUGUGGCCUUUUAAGGUUGUCCCUGGAAACAAAGACAAGCCCAUGAUCGCGGUCACUUACAAAGGCGAAGAGAAACUCCUUGCCCCAGAAGAGAUAUCUUCCAUGGUUUUGUAUAAGAUGAAGGAAGUUGCCGAAGGGUACUUGGGUCAUUUCAUAAAAGAUGCGGUUAUCACUGUCCCCGCUUACUUCAGCAACGCGCAGAGACAGGCCACGAAGGAUGCGGGGAAAAUCGCGGGUAUGAACGUGUUGAGGAUCAUCAACGAGCCAACCGCUGCUGCUAUUGCUUAUGGGUUGGACAAGAAAGGAUUGAGAGUUGGUGAGCAGAACGUGCUUGUGUUUGAUCUCGGUGGGGGUACUUUUGAUGUUUCCUUGGUUACUAUUUAUGAAGGCAUGUUUAAGGUUAAGGCCAGUGUUGGAGACACUCAUUUGGGUGGUGUGGAUUUUGAUAACAGAUUGGUGAACCAUCUUGUGAAUGUGUUUAGAGAGAAGCACAAGAAGGAUAUUAGUGGGAAUGCGAAAGCUUUGGCGAGGUUAAGGUCGGAGUGCGAGAAAGCAAAGAGGAUUCUGUCUUCGACUUCUCAGACAACGAUUGAGCUUGAUUGUUUAUACGAAGGGCUUGAUCUGUAUGCCCCUGUUACAAGGGCCUUGUUCAACGAACUGAACAAGGACUUGUUCAUGAAGUGUAUGGAUACAGUGGAAAAGUGUCUCCUUGAGGCAAGGAUUGAUAAGAUCCAAGUUCAUGAGAUUAUUCUUGUUGGUGGGUCCACUAGAAUUCCAAAGGUACAACAACUUCUGAAGGACAUGUUCAGUGUCAAUGGUAACACCAAAGAGCUUUGCAAAGGCAUCAACCCUGAUGAAGCUGUGGCGUACGGUGCUGCAGUUCAAGCAGCGAUUUUGAGCGGUGAAGGAGAUAAAAAAGUGGAGGAAUUGUUGUUGCUGGAUGUGAUGCCACUUAGUCUUGGAUUUGAGGGUGCUGGUGGUGUUAUGUCAGUGUUGAUCCCCAAGAACACCAUGAUCCCCACCAAGAAGGAGAGGAUUUGUUCUACCUUCUAUGACAAUCAGAAAUCUUUUAAUGUCAAAGUGUUCGAGGGAGAACGAGUUAAGACAAAGGAUAACUUCUUUCUCGGCAAGUUUGUCCUCAAAGGGUUCGAUCCAUUACCAAAGGGAGUGCCACAAAUCAACGUUAUCUUUGAUGUGGAUGCUGAUGGCAUUGUGGAGGUCACCGCAGAAGAUAAAGCCACAGGAAUAGAAAAGAAGAUCACAAUCAACAACAAGCACGGAAGGCUGAAUCCGGAAGAGAUAAGAAGAAUGGUGAGAGACUCAAAGAAGUACAAGGCAGAGGAUGAGUUGGCAAAGAAGAAGGUGAAGGCGAAGAACGCACUAGAGAAUUACGCUUAUGAGAUGAGGGAGAGAGCAAAGAAGAUUGAAGAGGCAGUGGAGGAAACCAUAGAGUGGCUAGAGUGUAACCAAUUGGCAGAGAUAGGGGAGUUUGAUUACAAGAAGCAGGAGCUAGGAAGGUACCUAAGAGAUGAUCCAAAUUAUAGUAACACCUCAAAUUCUGGUGUUAAGGUUCCUAUAUGGUGUACAUGGAGGUGUCCACCUAAUGGGUGGGUUUGUCUCAACACAGAUGGUUCGGUGUUUGAGAACCAUAGAAACGGGUGUAGUGGGAGUGCUUGUGGGGGUCUAGUUCGUGAUUCCUCGGGAUGUUACCUAGGUGGUUUCACUGUUAACUUAGGCAACACAUCGGUUACUUUAGCGGAGCUAUGGGGUGUUGUUCACGGUCUGAAGUUGGCGUGGGAUCUUGGUUGCAAGAAGGUGAAGGUGGACAUUGAUUCUGGUAAUGCUCUUGGUCUUGUUAGGCAUGGCCCUGUGGCUAACGACCCUGCUUUCGCGUUGGUUUCGGAGAUCAACGAGCUUGUUCGGAAAGAGUGGUUGGUAGAGUUCUCGCACGUGUUUAGAGAAUCUAACCGUGCGGCUGAUAAGUUAGCUCACUUGGGACACUCGCACUCUCUGGAAUCGGGUGCGAAGCGAUUCUCGGACCCACCCUCUGCCCUUGUUGCUAUUCUUCAAGAUGACUUGGCAGGGCUUGCCAAGCAACGUGGUGUUAAUUAAGUGUAAGAGACUGUUGACCAAGCAAUGUAAAUUAGUUAGAGCUUGCAUUCUCGAUCAUCAAAGUAUUUUGACUUUGACUGAGUGUGUACAUAAAGUUUAUCUGAUCUAGAUUAUGAUUUAUAAUCCAAUGCUUUCUUUUUAAUCAUCCCAA